AUGUAUAGCAUUGUACACUCCAGCGCCUCCGAGGGAGUCAAUGCCCGCGCCGGUGAUAACUAUGGCGCGUACUACGACCCAUGCAGCAGCCCCUAUAGAUCAGAGGGUGUUGUGGGACGCAAGAUGAUCUUCUGCGAGGCCUUGACCACCCAUUACGCCCUCGAGGAUCUCAUACAAGUCUGCGAGGGCUGCCUGCAGUAUUCCGCGCGAUGCUGCACUCACAAUCAUGAAGAUCGAGCGUGUCACCACUACCGUCUCAUCUUCACGGACGGUGCAUGCUCUGGCAAUGGGUGGGAAGGGUCUGCCGCAGGUGAUUUUAUUCUCCAGAUGAUGAGCAGUAUCGGCGUCGUCCUUGGCCAGAGAGGACCCGGGAUCGAUUCAUUCUCGCUCGCCAUUACAGAGGCGAUGGAUCCCGGUCAGAGGCGUACUAGCCAGCGCGCCGAGCUUCUCGCUGCCAUCGAGGGCGUGCGUCGUUCCGCGGUCGGCGAUGUGCACCCCUUCUACGGCAAUGCCCCCCAGGCGCGCAUCAUAGUCUCGGACUCCGAGUACGUCGUCCGCGGGAUGACCGAAUGGCUGCCGCAGUGGAAGCGCAACGGAUUCCGUACUGCCAUCGGCGGGACGCCGGCGAACCUGGACCUCUUCCUGCUGCUCGACCGCAAAAUUGAGCAAUCAGAGGCAGGGAACAACUUCAAGUUCGGCUUUUGGCACGUACCGAGGCACCUCAACCACGAAGCGGACAGACUUGCAAAGGCCGGGGCUGCCGCUGCGCGGGAGAUGAUGGCUAGGGGCUUCGCCUGAAUUGCAUUAGCUACGUCGACGUUACUGUAAUCACCAUCACGACCGGCGAGCGGAACUGCAUAAUAUCAAAAGGAUUUAUACCGACGUUCGUUGUCAUUCCUGAUUUUCCGUACGAGGAUUCACCGCGUAA